GAGAAAUUACUUUGUCGGUGCUGCUCCGGGUUUGAGGGGAUUUUAACGCUCGGGCUCCGCGCACGAAGAUGCUAAAAAGUUGAGGCUUGUCGCCGCGGGAGACGUCCGCGGGGUUUGCGAGGUGGUUCUCGCCGGAAAACUCCCAUGGGACGACGGGAAGAACAACCUCUGCUCGGCCGUCCAAGGUGUGGCUGGUAGAGCAGCUCGAGGUAGAGGGCCCUCCCCCCCCUCACCCUUCCCCCCCUGGUGCCCUUUGAAGGAGGAGAGCAGUGUCCUCGUUUUGUUUGUUUUUUUCUUUUUCUGCCCGGAAGCAACCCUCCAACUUGUGACUUCAUGAUCACAUGACCGUGGAUAUGGACGCAGUCCUAUCCGACUUUGUCCGUUCCACUGGAGCUGAACCGGGAUUGGCCAGAGAUCUGCUAGAGGGCAAGAACUGGGAUUUCACUGCUGCACUCAGCGACUUCGAGCAGCUUCGACAGGUGCAUGCUGGGAACCUGACGUAUUCUUUCGCAGAGGAUAGAACGUUUCUGCCUCUGGAAAAAGAGAUGGCGAGGGUAGGACGGCCCAUCCUCCACCGGCAGGACGAGGUGGUGCAAGCCACAGAGAAGCGGCUGUCCAGGGGUAUUUCUCACGCCAGUUCAACCAUCGUGUCCCUGGCCCGUUCUCACGUCUCCAGCACCGGCGGCAGCAGCAAUGAGCCGCUUCUGGACACGCCCCUGUGCACUUUCCAACUACCAGACCUCACCGUGUACCAGGAUGACUUCCGUGGUUUCAUCGAGAGGGAUCUCAUAGAGCAGUCGAUGAUGGUGGCCUUGGAGCAUGCAGGUCGACUGAACUGGUGGACAAAAGUAGUUUCAAACUGUCAGAAUCUGCUGCCGCUGGCAACGAGCGGAGAUGGAAACUGCCUGUUACACGCAGCCUCGCUCGGCAUGUGGGGCUUUCAUGACCGGGACCUGAUGCUGCGCAAGUCGCUCUACGCGCUGAUGGAUCACGGGCUGGAGAGAGAGGCACUGAAGCGCAGGUGGAGGUGGCAGCAGACCCAGCAGAACAAAGAGUCCGGUCUGGUGUACACGGAGGAGGAGUGGCAGAAGGAGUGGAAUGAACUGUUGAAGUUAGCCUCCAGUGAGCCGAGAAUACACUACAGCACCAACGGCACCAACGGGGCGGAGUCUUCGGAUGAACCGGUUUACGAGAGUUUGGAGGAGUUUCACGUCUUUGUGCUGGCCCACGUUCUCAGACGACCCAUAGUGGUGGUGGCCGACACCAUGCUCAGGGACUCUGGAGGAGAGGCCUUUGCUCCCAUCCCGUUCGGAGGCAUAUACCUACCGCUGGAGGUGCCAGCUGCUAAGUGCCAUCGCUCGCCGCUGGUCCUGGCGUAUGACCAGGCGCACUUCUCAGCGCUGGUCUCGAUGGAGCAGAAGCACAGCUCCAAAGAGCAAGUUGUGAUCCCUCUCACGGACUCGGAGCACAAAAUGCUGCCUCUGCACUUCGCUGUGGAUCCUGGGAAAGACUGGGAGUGGGGCAAGGAUGACUCAGACAAUGUGAUGCUGGCAAGUGUGGCCCUUUCUUUGGAGGCCAAGCUCCAGAUGUUACACAGCUACAUGACGGUCACCUGGCUGCCUCUGCCCUGCGAGCAAGCGCCUCUGGCACAGCCCGAGUCUCCCACUGCAUCGGCAGGAGAGGAUACACGCACGCCUCCUGACUCAGGCGAGUCUGACAAGGAGUCAGUCAGCAGCAGCUCCAACGGCAACUGUGACACGACCACGGGAUCAACGACCUUUGGAGGCGGGACCUUGGCCAAGAACGGCUCCUCGUCCUCGUCUAGUUCUUCUAGCACGGGUUCGGCAGGGACAGGAACGGGGACAGCAGGGAAGGACAAAACCAAGAAGGACAAGGAUAAAGACAAGAAGAGGGCAGACUCUGUGGCCAAUAAGCUCGGCAGUUUUGGCAAGAGCCUGGGCAGCAAGCUGAAAAAGAACGUGGGCGGCCUGAUGACGGGAAAGAACGCUGGAGCUGGAGGUGCCAAGCAGGAGGGCGGGGAGAAGAAGAAGGGCUCAUUCAGGGGGAGGAAGGGCAGCAAGGACAGCUCGCCUUCAGCCCAGGCCUCGGAGGAUUCUGGGAAAGGCUCCCCCUCCUCAGGUAGCGAGCGUCUCAACGGAACGGGAAGCAGUAUGAGCAGCAGCGGUGGGAGCAGUAUCGAGAACGAGACGUACAAGUACAGUGCGGACGUGAAGGUCAGCCUCGGCAUCCUGCGAGCCGCCAUGCAGGGGGAGAGGAAGUUGAUCUUCUCCAGCCUGCUCACCACGAGCAACAGGCAGCCCUUCCAGGAGGAGAUGAUCCAGCGCUACCUGACCGACGCAGAGGAGCGAUUUCGGGCUGAGCAGGAGCAGCAGCGUCGGGACGUCGAGAGGAAGGGCGUCACCAACGGCAUCCAGCCAUCCAAGAAGGAGGUGGUUGUUGGUACGGAGCUGAGUUACCGGCCUUACGAGGCCAAGGAGGUGCUGUCAGAGAACUCGUCCCCUUCCUUCAACCCUCUCAAAUCCUGUCCUCUGAGCCCCUCCAUGUACUCUGGGGUCAUUCCCAUCCCCCGGCCCUCCUUCAUAGAUCAGACUCCUGCUGCCGCACCCCUCACCCAGCACCUGCACAUGCACGGCUACAUGGAGAAUCGGCGGCAGCUAGCCGGCGGCUCCCCAGUCACCUCCUACCCCGGCCUCCCCUCGUACGCCACACUUCCGCGACACUGCCCCACAACACAGGGACCCUCGCACCCACAGUACAAUAUCCCACAAGGCCCCUCCUCCCUCAGUCCCUCCCGCCUCGCGCCCUCGUACCCCCCAGAGCUCGUCCCACCAGACUACCCCGUGUCUGAACCUGCUGCUGCUGGGAGCUACACCAACGGCUUCCGGGACAUCCACCCCAACCUAGACUCUCGGAGCGGGCAACCCCCCGUCAGACACUACUCGCUGGGCAGCGCCGCUGGUUUGGCCGGCCUGCCGUCCAGCCGCUGUCGAACACCCAGCUGCCCCUACUUCGGACACCCCGAGACGGGCAACUACUGCUCCUACUGCUACCGGGAGGAGCUGAAGAAGAGGGAGCCGGAGCCGGCCAUCCACAGGUUCUGAGCGGACCUUGCUCUGGCUCGAAUUCGUUGAGUGGCCUUUUUCAGUUAAAGUGACGGCUGGAGCGGAUCAGCCUCUGUACGGACGAGAUGAACGUGGGACAGCCCGCUCCCUCUCUCCGCGGUGUCACCUCCACCUCAGUGCGUGACGGAGAGUCGACUCCAGUCCUGAACGAGCAGGGUGACGUCUGACUGCAGGGGAGAUGGUUUUAGACCAUAGGACAAACUAACUGCACUUCUGUUACAUUUUGCUGUGGCUCUUAUGCAGGUGUCGUGUAUGAGUUUGUGUGUGUGUGUGCGUGUGUUUGUGUGUGAGCUGCAGGCUCUCCUCCUUUAUCACAUUUUAAACGCCUUGCUAUUGUCUCCUCCUAGUGGAGAGAAUGUAUGUGGCAGGCGUCGUACAUAACACUUAUCUACACACAGUGCAUGCACACAUACACACACCAAGUCAGACUCACACUACACAAACAGCGAUGCAAGCACAAACAACAAAGGGCACGAGUGUCUCCUCUCCGUUUGUGCUCCGUGAUAAUGUUCGGCUGGUGAGUUGAGGGACGUUUGAGCAUUUUGAAGUCACAUCCUCUGAGGGUGAUAUCAGUGAUUUCAUUUGACACUACUGUUACUAGAUGCUUGCAUCACACGUACCUCGGGAAACAGCAGAGUCAAUCCUUUUCUUUCGUCGGUCCCCAUUUGCGUAAUGCAAAAUUGCAACUACCGUGCAAUGCUAAUCGUCAAGCGUUCUGUAGGCUGCUGUGGUGCUAACGUUCCGGAUUUGCAAACACGUAAAUGUCCAUGCAUCCAACACCACUGUCCUGCAUUGUUAGUAGUAUCCUCUCCGGCUGAAACAAACUAUACAUUUUGUCCAAGUCAUAUAUCUAUACAUUGGAUUUUGAAGAUGUCAGCAGUCGGUCGCAUAAUUGACCCGGCGUCGUAGAACAAGAAGACAUAGCAACGUAGGUCAAUAGUAAGAAGCUGUUCCCAGAGCCUGAUUCAGAGGGUUUCACACGUGGUUGGAAUGUUUCUCUAUCGGGUCUUCCUGGUUCUGUUCAAAAUGGGACGGUGUUGGGGCGUUUGAUUAUUGUGGCCGACGCAGGUUAUGCAAUACAACACACUACAAGGUGAAGAUGUCACAUCCAGACCAGCAGAAUUUGGAGACGCGUUUGAAUAUAGCGUUUUAAAUAAGGUUUGUUUAAAAUGCCAUGCAAUACAUUUUGGAUUUCAGACGGGUCAAAGUUUCUGUACAGCAAACGACGGGAGUUGUUAAUUAAUCCGUUCACACGAGUCUGCAUCAGAGUGGAAAACGUCUGCAGUCGUAAUUGUCUCCAACUUCUGUUUCUGUGAUGCUGCUUUGCAUUCGUUCACUGAUCAUUCACAUUGCACUGACGAGCUCUGGUUCCCCGAACGUCACGACAAACCCUCGACACUCUGCUGCUGCUUUCAGAAAAACGGUUUCUCAUCGUCACACUAAAGGUUCACGUCUCCUCCCCGGAGGGACAUCUCACUCCUCAUUGGCUCGGUCGCCCACUGCAAAAUGUUCAAAGUUCUACUGAAGGCGACGUCCUGACUCCUGGCAUUUGUCUCGCCCCCGAAACCUGAUCUAUCUCUCUCUCUCUCUUUUUUUGCACAAAGUCAAGCACUUUCCUGAUGUCCGUCGAUACCGUAUGUUUUGCUGUUUUUCGGAAGUGGCCUGACUGUCGUCCUGUGUUCAUCUCUGCAGACACUGCCACCUCUGUUCAUGGGAAAUUAGGGGCCUGAGGGUUUUUUUCUCUAAAGGAUUCAGUUACUGUAGAGCUGCAGCAUUUCGGUGCCAGUGUCACCGUCUAACUCAAUUUCCUAGUUGCCUUUUUUGACAUUUGUCCUCGCGGCAUCACCAUGUAUUUCCUCUGAAAAGAAAAAAAUGAGCUAAAUCCCAUAAUCCACUGCUUGCUUCAUCGCCUGCAGUCUUGACGACUACUGCCCCCUAAAUUGUAACAUAUUAAUAUUAUUUUAAUUUGUGUUGACGCUUUUGAAAUCAUGCCAUUAUUCUCUUCUCAGCCCGGCAGAGAGUAUCACUGAGUUGAUACCAGCGGAUGUUCUGUCUUUGAGUUUUUCCUUGUUAUCAUUUUAAGGCUGUUUUUGUUGUGCAAAUGUCAAAAUGACUACUUAAAUACUGAAUAAUCUCCCUUAUGAUAAAGCCAUGGUGGAGGGACCCUCGCUGCUCCACUCCUCCGGCAUGAAGUCCAAUAGAAAAGCACAAUUUAGUAUGCAAGUCACUGCCUUGCCCAGUUGAGGGCGCCCUUGAUUUAGUUGUUUUUUUUCUUUGAAUCCAGUAUUUGGAGUUUGCCCUCGUUGCUCGAAACCCAAACUACAAACACAAAUGACCAAAAUGUCAGAGGAAUAAAUCUCACACGUACUAAUUUAACACUAUAACAAUAUGUUUAGGUAUUUUCCAACAAUUGCAGAUGCUGUUAAAUGAAGGAGGGAGGCUUUUUUUUUUUUUUUUUUUUGCCGUGCAUUUAAGGACAAUAAAAACACUGUUUCCCAAGAAAACAUUUGCUGUGUUUGUGUGUUGACGUGUUCAUGCACUAGCAUUUAAAAAAUCCCAUCAAAUGUUCUCUUCCUCUGGGGAAAGCGAUGCCUGUUCAACAAAGAAAAAGAAAAGUGUAUGUGUGCGUUCUCUCUGUCCUCCCUCCAAAGUAAUAACUAGCUUAAUGAAUCCAUUUCUUAUUUUUAUUUUUGCAACGAAAACGGAUGCCUCAGAACUGUGUUUCAAAACAUCGGACUCCACAGGCUAGACUUUUUUGUAUUUAAGAUUUAAAAAAAAAACAAUGAGAGGUUGUACGAGUAUGUUCCAUGUUAUUUUUGUAAAAGCCCAAAGUUUUACAGUGUUUUUAAAAGAAAUGGUAAGAAUGUAUAUUGUUGGAAACUGAAGCAGGGACGGACGAUGAGCGUGUACGAGCCUGGGUUCGGUGCAGAGCUGUUGUUGAAGGCCACUCCCAGACGGCUCCCUCAUUGCAAACUAAUUUCCUUAAUGCUGACCUAACGAGAUACCAUUUGAGAAUAUAUAUAUUUAUAGUGAGAUUUUUUUAAUAGGUUUCCUUGUGGAAUGUUUAGUUAAGGCGAGUUAGGAUGUUCUUUCUCACAUGGCUAAUUGUCAUAGCAGUCUGGCUUUUUAUUUGUUGCAUUUUGAUUUGUACAUUUCAUUUCCGUUUUUUUUUUUUUUUUGUUUCUCCUACCAAAACCAACCCAUGCUAUGCUGAAACGUGACGGGAGCGUUCUGCACGUUUCCUCCGAACCUGAAGAGAAAUGGCUCAGAAUUAGUUUUGCAACACAACUGACCCGAGUAUAUUUUUAUAUAUUAUAUUGUAAAAACACUGUCGUUUCUGUGGAAACAGAAUAUUUCAUCAUCGGUGACAUUGACAUGGAAUGCUUAAGAGUUGCAUGGGACUGGAACUGUUGCAUGUAAACCGCAAUUCAUUUUUACCAAAUUUGUGCAUUAUUUCAACUUGAUCUCAGUUGUCCUGGUAUUUUGAUCUUGUUUGGUUUUUUUUUUCAUUUUGUUUCAUCUUAUUUUUUUAUCUUUUGAAUGUUUUGUUUUUGUCUUUGAGAGGAGAGUCUCCCGAGGCUGUGUGACAGUGCAAUCUGGAAAGAAAGAACAUCAGAUUUUAUGUUAGGUUGUUAUUAUUAUUAUUAUUAUAUUAUUAUUAAUUUUUUGCACCGUUUGAAUAAAUUCUCAUUGUAUUUCAAGAACA